AUGACAGAACCUAAUCGAUACCUCGUUGCAUACAAUUCAAUCUCAGCUUCCUUAUGGUCCAUUGUGCUUUUCAACACAAUUUUCCUUUCUUUAACUUUGGGACAGCCGUUUGUUUUCACCAAGACCAACCUAGUCACCACCGGAAUCCAAUCGUUGGCUGUACUUGAAAUUGUCAAUGCGGCAAUUGGUUUGGUGAAGUCGCCUUUGUUUACCACUGUCACACAAGUGUUUUCAAGAUUGUUGAUUGUUUGGGGGAUCCACCAGUAUUUGCCAGACUCACCAGCUAACUUCCAUUGGACAUACAUCACAUUGUGCUUGAGUUGGUCAAUCACCGAGAUUAUUAGAUACUCAUACUAUGCUCAACAUUUGAGAAAUGACGUUCCUCAUUGGUUGACGUGGUUACGUUACACCACUUUUUACGUUUUGUAUCCAACAGGGGUAUUUAGCGAAGUUUAUCAAAUUAUCUUGUCGCUUGAUGAUGCUGGGUUAUACUAUGGCUGGUUUUUGAAGGCGAUUUUGGUAACAUACAUUCCUGGCUUUUACAUGCUCUACACAUACAUGAUCAAACAGAGAAAGAAGGUUCUUGGACCUCAAAAGGUAAAAAAGAAUUGA